CAAGUGUCCUGGCGCCAGCUGUGUGGCGGUGUCCGUUAAUAUAACAAGCAUCGAGCGGCGGCUGCUCAGUCGUCGAUGGCUGCUUCAAGCUAACACUGUUCAAGCAUUGCGCUCGCACAACCUGAGCUAACGGUUAUUCAAAGAAGGCUCGCGCGCGCUUCGCUUAUCACAGAGCCCAGAACCCAAAUGCGAGAGUUCUCCCCAUGGAAAAAUAAUAAUUAAAGUGCUAAACUGAAAUCCAUUUCAACUCGAUAAAUAUUAAAUAUAUUCAAAGCGUUAUGCAUCGCAUAUGAUAAACAGCAAUUUGUGCAAGUGAAUUAAAGCGCCAGCAAAAACUCUUUGCAAUUCAACCAACCAAACGAAACUCAAACAGCCGGCCAAAAUGUAUGGCUUUGUUAACUACGCCCUGGAGCUGCUGGUACUCAAGCAUUUCGGCGAGGAAAUAUGGGAGAAGAUCAAGUAAAAAAAAGGCCAUGGUCAGCAUGGAGGGACAGUUUCUGGUGCGUCAAAUUUACGAUGACGAAAUAACAUACAAUCUAAUUGGAGCAGCUGUCGAGAUACUCAAAAUACCUGCCGAUGAUAUAUUGGAGCUCUUUGGCAAAACAUUCUUUGAGUUCUGCCAGGAUUCGGGCUAUGAUAAGAUACUGCAAGUGCUGGGCGCUACACCGCGCGACUUUCUACAGAACCUAGAUGCAUUGCACGACCAUUUGGGCACCCUGUACCCAGGCAUGAGAGCGCCUUCGUUUCGCUGCACGGAACAGGAUGGGGAGCUACUGCUGCAUUAUUACUCGGAACGGCCUGGCCUCGAGCACAUUGUCAUCGGCAUAGUCAAGGCCGUCGCAUCGAAGCUGCACGGCGUCGAGGUGGAAAUUGACAUUGUGAAGCGCAAGGGCGAGCCCAUCGAUGAGGCCGAGAAGGAGCGCGCCCUGGCACGCGAGCAGCAACAGUCGGACACGGAGGCGACAGCUGGCGGAUCCGAUGAGGCGGCAGCAGAUGCUGCUGCUGCUGCUGCUGCUGCAGCCCAACUGUCAGCCGAACACAAUAAUAAUCACAAUGCCAACAACAACAAUGCCAGCAGCAGCGGCACCAGCAACAUCAACAACAACAACGACGCUCAGCAAAUUGCCAUUGAGCCGGCUGGCGAGCAAUUGCCGGCCACAUCGAAGGCCACAGGCGGCGCGACAUGUGGCCCACUCGUGCAGGAUAGCUUCGAUUGCGACGGCGACAAGGAGCAGAAGUGCCUGCGUCUGCUGAAGAACAAGAGCGACGACAUCGAGCGCUACGACCACGUCCAGUUUCUGAUACGCGAGAUCAAUGUGGCCGCCAAGUCGCAGGUCGAUGCCAAGAAGGAUGAGCAGGCGGCCGUCGAUGACAUGGAGUUUCUGUGCGAAGCGCCCCUCAUCUCGCCGGCGACUUUCUGCAAGGUGUUCCCCUUCCACCUGAUGUUCGAUAGGCAAAUGAAAAUCGUGCAGGCCGGCAAGGCCGUAUCCCGCGUUAUACCCAGAGUGGCCGAGGAGAACUGCUCGCUAAUAGAGGUAGUGGAGGCCAUUAGACCACACCUGCAGCUAACAUUCGAGAACAUUCUAUCGCACAUAAACACCAUCUAUGUGCUCCAGACGAGGCAGGGCGCCAUGAGCAGCCGGCUCGAGCAGCGCUUUCUGAGACUAAAGGGACAAAUGAUGUAUAUACCCGAAACGGAUCGCAUACUGUUUCAGUGCUACCCGAGCGUCAUGAAUCUGGAUGAUCUAACCAAGAAGGGUCUCUACAUCUCGGAUGUGCCGCUGCACGAUGCGGCCAGAGAUUUGGUGCUGCUUUCCGAGAAAUUCGAGGCGGAGUACAAGCUGACCAAGAACCUGGAAAUGCUGACGGAUAAGCUACAGCAAACGUUUCGCGAUCUGGAGAGCGAGAAGCAGAAGACGGACAGGCUGCUCUACUCGGUGCUGCCCAAGUCGGUGGCAAAUGAGUUACGACAUCAGCGUCCAGUGCCGCCCAAACGCUACGACUCCGUAACGCUGAUGUUCUCCGGCAUUGUGGGCUUUGGCCAGUACUGCGCGGCCAACACGGAUCCCGAGGGCGCCAUGAAAAUUGUGAAAAUGCUCAACGAGCUCUACACAGUCUUCGAUGCGCUGACCGACUCCAAGCGCAACCUGAACGUCUACAAGGUGGAAACUGUGGGCGACAAGUACAUGGCCGUCUCUGGGCUGCCGGAUCACUGCGAAGAUCAUGCCAAGUGCAUGGCACGCGUCGCUCUCGACAUGAUGGACAUGGCCAAGAACGUCAAAAUGGGCUCAAAUCCAGUGCAAAUCACGAUUGGCAUCCACUCGGGCGAGGUGGUCACCGGCGUCAUCGGCAACCGAGUGCCCAGAUACUGCCUCUUUGGCAACACGGUCAACCUGACGAGUCGCACCGAGACAACCGGCGUGCCCGGCCGCAUCAACAUCAGCGAGGACACCUAUCGCCUGCUGUGCCAGGAGAUCAACCAGGAUGAUUCGUUUAAUCUGGAAUAUCGCGGGCCGGUCAUUAUGAAAGGCAAGCCGACGCCAAUGGACUGCUGGUUCCUGACACGUGCCAGCAGCGCCCUAAAUGCCAGCAGCAGCGGCAACGGCAGCCUCGACUCGCCGCAGCUGCAGCCCACAACGCCGACGGCCACAUCGCAGCGCCUGAUGAUGGGCUUGGGCCAUGCCCCAGUCUCACGUACGUCCUCGGCGAGCGGCAGCGGUGGCGGUGCUGGCGGUGGCGGUGGUAGCGGCGGUGCAGCCGCAACGGGUCCUGUGGUGCCACCAGAUGCAUAGGAAAUGCAAAUAAACUGUAAAUCUACGUGCAACUCCUUGACUUCACCAGCCAAGCGACUAUCUAACUGAAUGUGUACAUGAGUAUGCGUGUGUGUGUGUGUGUGUGUGUGUGUGUGUGUGUGUUGUGACUGAGCCACUUAACCACUUCAUUUCAAUGCAUUUGUCCUCUGCGUGUGUGUGCAUCUGUGUGUGACUGUUGCUGCUGCUGCUGCUGUGGCUGCGACUCAAGAAGCUGGCAUCGGGAUGUGCUGUAGACGGAUCGCUGUGCAAGCAAUCGACAGAUUAAGGCAAGCCAUAUUGUAACUACUCGUCUGUUGUAAUUAGUAAGUAGAGAGAGGUGUGUGUGUGUGUGCGAGUGUGUGAACGAGUAUUUCAAACUGUAUAAAAACCAAACAAUAGAAAAGAAAUCAUAAAUGAGUUAAAUAUAUAUAUAUAUAUAUACAUACAUAUAUUUAUGCGUCGAGGCUUUUAUGAGUGUAUUUUGUGAAUAAGCUCGAGACGUGAGUUUAUAUUUAUUUUUCUACUUUGUGAUGGUUUCUUAGGCUGAACUUUUUGUGCUUUGUACUAUAGAUGUAAUUUAUGUAGGCUCUACUCAAACAUACAUACUAUAUGUAACUCUAACUCUGUAUAAGUAUGCUUAACAAGAACUUUAUUGAAACUGCUAAAGAAAAGCUCAUACGCAAAAAGAACUGUAUAAACAUGUCUAUGAGUCCGUCAAGUAAGGCAAAUAUUCUAAUCCACAAAUUGGACACUAAUUAAGCGAAACUUAACUCGUUAAUAACUAAGUAUACCACAAGGCACCAAAUGUACGUUAGCAACUGUAGCACAGUCGAUGGUUACCUAAUGCUGAAUAUGCUGAAUACGCUGAAUGCUGAAUACACUGAAUGCUAUUUACAUGGAAUCUAUGGAAUGGCUUUGCACCCAACUUCUAUACAGGGCUACCGACCAGA